AUGUCAGCAGAUGAAGUGGAAUCUGAAGUUCAUUUCAUGAAAACUUAUAGUAUAAUAAAAUGGGACGAAAUAACAAAGCUAAAUAAUGAUCGUAAAUCGCUUACCCAGAAAGUUUCACUUGGGUUGGCCACCAGAGAGGAAUUUUUGAAACAAAUAAAAGUUGAAUUAAAUAUGCUGGACACGUGUCAACUUAAAAUUGAACAAGAAAUGAAAGAAAACAAUACCGAGGAUAUAAACACUGAAAUACUUACAAUUUUAUCAAAUCGUAUAAAUGAUAUGUAUAACAAUAUGUUUUUACUGUUUCCUGUUGAAAAGACUUCACUGUCAGAAUAUAUUGAGUUUUGCUCAAAUAAUACAUUAUUUAUUACUAAAUGUAGUAACAUGUUGGAUACACUCAUGUUGAGAUACCAUAGUGACCCUGAAGUGUAUAUUACUGCAGCGACAUAUGAAUUUGAUGACCGAAAUAAUGUUGAUUCAGCUAGAAGAUAUUUUGCAGAAGGAUUGAAACAUCAUGAAAAUUGUAAAAAUUUAUAUGUAGAAGAGUUUUGGGUAGAAGUACAACAUUUAGAAAAGACUGAAGGUGCCUCACUUCCAAUUGCCAUUGAAAAAUACAGAAACCUAAUAAAACGUUUUGAGGGUGAUAUUGAAUUUCAUUUUAUAUUAUUGGACAGAGCAAUAAAAUUAAGUGCAGUUAGAGAACUACAAUGCAAUGUAGUCAGAGACAUGAUUAAAAAGUAUCGACAUAGUGAACUAAUGUGGCAAAAAUUAGCUAAAAUUCAUUUUGAUGGUUUUAUCUACCAUCAGGAAACUGAACAAUUACACUAUGAUAAAAAUUAUAUUAAUGGUAUUAGAAACUGCAUUAAAACCUAUGAAAACGGAUUGAAAGAAAAUCUACCACUAGAAAAUAAACAUAAGUUAUGGAACUUUUAUAUUGAUCAUAUUAUAGAAAUUCGUAAAUCUUAUCGCAUGAAAAAAGAAACUAUCAGAAAUUUUAUGAAUGAAACAAUGGAGCGAGCUUUUCAAGAAGCUCACGAUAAUAGGGCAUUAUGUAAAGCUGAAUAUUACAUUUAUUGGACUGAAAACACAAAUAAAGACUGUUAUAGGAUUAUGAAACAAGCAGUUAAUGUGAUAAAAGAUAGUGUUGAACUCUGGUUUAAUUUAAUAUCGUAUUAUUUAAGCAAUGACAGUCUUGAAAUGGGUAUUGAAGCUUUUCAAGCCGGUGUUCGGGCUUUAACAAAUAAAUCGAUGCCAUUAUGGGAAAUUCUUAUUUUAUAUAUGGCAAACACUCAUCCAAAAUUGCUCCAACAAUUAUACCAAGAAGGCUCAUAUUAUCCAUUUCCUGAAGUCAAUUGUAUAGUCAGGCCUGAAUAUUUGGAAUGGAAUGUAGUUCAUAAUGGAAUACUUUCAACUCGUGAAUUGUUCAACAAACUUAAAAAUGUAGAACCAGAAUGCAAACAGUUGUAUAAGUCUAUGAUUUCAUUUGAACUCACUCAGAACGCAGGAAUUGCUAAAUUAGGUUCUAUUAGAAAAUUGCAUAACACUUUAUGCAAUUCUUUUGGUGCAACAGAUAUUGAUGUAUGGAUUGACUGCAUCCGGUUUGAGUACAUGUAUGGUUCUCGCAAAUAUGUAAAAGAAGUUUAUAAGGCAUCAUUGAAUAACUUGAAUUCAAAUUUAAAGAGUGGUAUGGUAGAAGAGUUUGAAAAAAUUAAAGAGGAAUUCAAAGAUUAUGAUCCAAAAGAUGGAGGAGUUAUUGUUAUUGAUGAUGAUGAAUAAUUUUCUAGUACAUUUAUAUUUAUGUUCUUCAGUUACUACUUUGUUCACAUUAUUUUUUUUUCUGAUGUUAAGUUAAUGUAUGUUUAUUAUUUGUAAUUAAUUUUGCCUAUUUUUUAAAUGGCAUAUGCAUAAAUUGACAAUAUUAUUUUUAUUAUUAAUCGGUCAGGAUGCUAAGUGUAGCCAACAAUGUGUUCAUAAUAGUAUAAUAUAAUUAAUAUGACUAUAUUAAUGAUUUACUAUGAAUAUUUUUAUAAAGUGUAGCUUGGAAUCAAAAUAAAGUACAAAUUUAAUAAUAAAAAUAGAUGUAUGUUUCUAUUUUAUGUAUAAAUGCAACGUAUAUUUUGAAGUUAAAUUUUUUUUUUGAUAAAUUAAUACUUUUCACUUCAAACUAUAGACUUUUACAGAAAUAAAUUGAUAGAGAGAAGAAAUCUGGUUAGCUCAAUACUGUCAGAAAGAGACACGUCUAUGUAUUCAAACCUAACAAGUGUCCUACGUAAAUAUGAUGAGUAUGUGAUUUAUAAUCUGAUUGUGUGUUGUUUUGCCACACUACGAUGUAAUGAAAUUCAAGCUCUUUUGUAUUUUUCUGCAUUCAUGUUUGACAGUUAUCUCUAAUUUUUUUUAUUUAGUAUUAAAAAUAGAAAUGCAAUGUAUAUAAUAAACUAGU